AUGAUGCACCAUACAGGAGGCAUCAGACAUGACAGCCAAACAAUCAUCCCUACGCAGCGCAGCAACUGCAAAGCACAGCUCAGAUCGUUUUUGCCUCUUCAGCAGCUCUCGUCUCUCGGCACUCCAGGCCGCGGCAAGGGAGGAACAGCGGAGGGAGACCAGAGGCCACAGAGGGGCCUGCAGGCCGAUCUUGCUGUGACGCUAUUGUCUCUCGCGUCGGCCUUGACUUUGACUGAUGGAGCUCACCAGCACGUUCCCGUGUGGUUCUGCCGGGCCAGACUGACGGUGCUGGCGGCCCUCGCUGACAAGACGGCACUCGCCUGCUAG